AUUUCUCUCCGCCCACCAUGAGACUGAGCUGCAAUGGCUGCAGGGUCCUCCGCAAAGGCUGCACUCAUAACUGCAUCAUUAGGCCUUGCCUUCACUGGAUCAAAUCUCCUGACUCCCAAGCCAACGCCACCCUCUUCCUCGCCAAGUUCUAUGGCCGUGCUGGUCUCCUUAAUCUCCUUCAAGCCGGUCCUCAUCACCUCCGUCCUGCUAUAUUCAGGUCACUCUUAUUCGAGGCUUGUGGUCGAGUUGUGAAUCCCGUAUAUGGUUCGUUGGGUUUGAUGUGGUCCGGGAACUGGAAGCAGUGCCAGGCAGCCGUUGAUUCGGUUCUCAAUGGCAUACCUAUCACUCAACAUUCUUCCUCAGCGCCGCACAUGAUUACUCCUCCUCUUAACUCCUACGACAUGCGCCACUUGCCAAAGAAUCUGAACAGGGUGCCCACACGGACCCGGUUCAACCGCCCCACGUCAGUGGAUCCAGACAAGGUUGGCGAACCGGUCAAUGGGACGAAGACCCAGCCAGUGGUAAAUGAAGACGGGGAGGUGGGGCUAGAGCUCUCUCUUGGUCCGGUUCCUCAGCUAGUGCCUCCUGGAGAGGCCAACAAGUGCUCAAUUAGCGACUUACGGGUGUACUCCGGAGUAUAAGCAAUUUUGGCGGCUUUUAUGAGGGUGGUUUUAACUUUCGCCUGAUCCAAUAUUACCCUCUUGAAGUAAAGUAAACUUUACAAUUUAUUAGUCUUUUAUUUCCAAUUUCCAUUUCUGAUCGAAUAUAUGUACGUAUAUGAUGUUGGGUGAGGGGUUAGUUGGUGUAUAUAUACUGAUAUUGGAAACAUUUAACAUGGUUAUACAUAUAUUUAGUAUGAUAAUGCACGAUGGCGAUACGUAAAUAUUGAUGGACGUGGGCUUUACAUUUGGCGGAGGGUGGCAGUGAGCUGAUUCCACGUCGCUUCGGUGUUGGCGACAGCUGCUCCUCAUGCAACGCCUCAUGUA